UUUGUAGUAAAUCGGACAUUCAAUCCAAGCCCAUGGGAGCCCGAUACGCAGCCGAAAUUGCGAAUGUCAGUCUUGUAAUUUCAACUGGCCCGGACGAUAAAUUGCAUCUCUGCUAAUGGUAAUAGAAUCCUUAGGCUCUGGGGUUUUAGGGUUUUUCUGUGUUCGGACUGAUACUUUCUCUAUCUAUUCUAAUUUCCUACUCAAGAACAAACCAUGACUGCUGAGAUCCAGGAAGAGCUCGCUGCUCAGUUCGAAGCUCAAAAGAUUCUCGAGUCUGAUAAGCCUGUGGUUGAGGAUGCGGUCGAGGAUGAAGAUGAUGAUGAGGAUGACGAUGAUGAUGACGAUGACAAGGAUGAAGAUGAAGCUGAGGGACAACGAGAUGGAGAUACAAGUGGUAGGUCAAAGCACAGCAGGAGUGAAAAGAAGAGUAGAAAAGCAAUGUUGAAGCUUGGAAUGAAACCUAUCCCUGGUGUUAGUCGUGUUACUGUUAAAAAGAGCAAGAAUAUUUUGUUUGUUAUAUCAAAGCCGGAUGUUUUUAAAAGCCCAACAUCAGACACGUAUGUUAUCUUUGGGGAGGCCAAGAUUGAAGACUUGAGCUCACAACUACAGACUCAGGCUGCAGAGCAGUUUAAGGCUCCUGAUCUCAGCCACGUGAUUUCCAAGCCUGAGACUUCAACCAUGGCUCAGGAUGACGAAGAGGUGGAUGAAACUGGAGUUGAGCCAAAGGAUAUUGAAUUGGUGAUGACACAAGCAGGAGUCUCCAGGUCCAAGGCCGUUAAGGCUUUGAAGGCAGCCGAUGGAGACAUAGUUUCUGCUAUUAUGGAGCUUACCAACUGAUAGGAGCCUUACUUAAAUUGUUAUGUGAUUAAGUGGCAUUUUUAUUAUGGUUCACCAUAUUUGUGUGAUUUGAAGUCGGGAUUUUUUUCUUUUUGCCCCCCAAAAUUUGUUAUUUUCAUAUGGAUUUACCUCGGUUCUGUUGUAUUACUAAACGAGUAUGAAAUGCAUCUUUUGGUGAUUAAGUGGA